CCAUUCUAACCAAAGCCAGCCAGCUUAUGGACAAUUUUUUUGAAAACGCAAACGGUUUACAUCUUAUAAAUAGAGAACUUUGGCUUCGAUAACGUUCAGAUCGAUUUCGUUUCGACUUCGAUAAAAAAAACCGAAAAUGUUCGGUUCGACUUCGACCGAAAUUGGGCGAUUCGGUUAGGUCCUAAAAACGAUUAUCGGUCGUUUUCUACUCAUAACCACGUUCGUUGCACAGUAGGCAAUGCCACUGCAUCUUACCAACAAUAAGAGAACGAUUCUUUCCACAGAGUCGCCGAGUUGUAAAGUUCAAUUUUUUUUUAUUAAAAAGUAUUGAACUGAAAAAGGUAUUAGCCUGCUCUAAUAUCUACAAUUCUAAUCAAGUUUAAAACGGAUAGUCGACUUGGUGCAUGCUAACUAACCAUGGGCUCUGUCUGUUAGUGUUUUACAACAAUUGCAGGGGGGGUAAUAUGGCCUCAUUAUAAGCUAAAAAACUCUACACACUUAGUUUUCAAUUAGAUUUCGAGCAGUGAUAUACACAUUCAAAUCGAACAAACGAUCUCUAGCCUGUCCCCUGAUAAUAUAUUAACACUAACCGUACCGGUGUAUCACGUAUACAGCGGUCAAAAAAACUAUUCGACAUUAGAGUAAUUUUUUAAAAUUAAUGUCAAAAUGCUUGUAUUCUUUAAAAAUGUUUAAGUUUCUGAUUAAGAUAACGUUGUGGAGUAAGUAUUUCAGAAUAUACCGUUAUAAAAUUAACCAAUAUUUCACAUUUUAACACUCAGUCAUCUUCUUGGAUAAGACCGCACAAAUUCCAAAGCAAAAAAAGUAUACGGCAACCGUUGUUUUUCUUUUAUAGUGUAAACAGUAAUUGUAGGCAUGUGCUUAUACUUACGUAAUUAGCCCUUAAGACUUAUUUAGUAAGCUUUCGUUGUAAUUAGACCUUAAGACUCGUUGAUGGUAGCGUUUGGUACGAUAGGCCAUUUUGUAGAAAUAAAGAUUGAUUCGGUUUAUAGCGCAAGAAGAAUAAGGUGCUGUUGUCAUUUCUGACGGUUUAAUUAUCAUUAUUAUUAUAUCAGAAGUGGGAGUCGAAGCCACUAAAGCUAACUCUGUGUGUUAUAUUUAAACAACAUUUUUCUUUUGCGUCCUGAAAUGGAAGACGAGGUGGUGAGUGCCGAAAAACAUACACUCCUCCAAUUAAAGGCCUGGUGUACGGCCGUUGGCAUAAACGCAAACGGUGCAAAAGCGUCGCUCGCGGCAAGGCUGAGCCAGUUGUCAGAAGAAGCGCGCGGAUUGUGCCCAGCAAGCGAAUCAGUAGAUCUGAUUUAUGAGGUCAGUGACAACGUUACCGGAAGAAACAACGAGUCGGACAGUGACGCAGACACCAUAGCAGCACACAACGUAGCGGUCAACGUGGCGGACAAAGUAGCGGUAAACGUAAUGGACAAAGUAGCGGACAAGGUGACGGUCAACGUAGAGGAUACUGCAAAAAAUGUAGCUGCCAAUGCAGCGGUCAAUGAAGCAGGGAAUACAAUGGCAAAUUUAGUGGACAAUAGUGCAGAAAAAAAGGCGUACUACAAGGUAGAGGACAACGGUGAGAAGGUACAGCAACGGCAAGGUGACACGGUCGUGGAAGUCACUAACGACGACGGCGCGGUUCGUGUGCAAAAGGCGUUAGCACGUAAAUGUAGCGGUACAUUCGGAGACCUUUUAACGAGAAACAGCGACGCCAAAGAAAAAAACGGUAUGUCGAACGGUACAGUAGAAGACAGCAUAAAAAUGUCACUGCUGCAGAGAGAAAUUGAGCUGCUGAAGUUACAAAAGGCUCAAUUGGAACGAGAGAAAACAAUAAGCAAAGUAGCGACUGAAGGUGUAGCGUUUGAGACAUUGAAGGACGUAAUACCUGCGUACGAUGGCGGCGACGGGUUCAAAGCCUGGCAUAACCAGUUGCUGCAUCUGCGCGAGGUAGUACAAGUAAACGACGCUGUGCUAGGAGUCGUUAUUCACACCAAGCUAAAAGGUGCAGCCCUGGCGUGGUACAACGCAAAGCCUAUGUUUCCUAAAAAGGUUGACGAAUUGCUACGUGAGAUGGAGUCAGUGUUCGGGGCAGGUGAGAGUAAGCUUGAUCGCCGCAGAAAAUUCGAGAAGAGAAUGUGGUCAUCCGAAGAAAGCUUCGCCAACUACUUCAACGAUAAAUGUUUGCUGGGCGGCGAACUGAACUUGGGUGAUGAGGAACUCGCAGAUUACCUCAUAGAAGGCAUUCCUGAUAGACAACUCCGCAAUCAGGCCAGGUUACAAAACUUCACCACAGCCAACGACGUACUAAGGGCGUUCCGCUCUAUAAGUCUACCAGAGCAUACGGAACCAAAACAACGAACGGUCGAAAGGAUGCGGUGUUACAACUGCAAUUGCUCGGGUCACUAUGCUAAAGAUUGUCGGAAACCGAAGAGGGAAGCUGGUUCCUGCUUCGCUUGUGGACAGCUAGGCCAUUACGCAGCGGAGUGCAAACAACACAAAAAAAACAAGAACACGUUUAAUGUUUAGUCGACUCAGGAAGCCCAGUCAGCCUGAUUAAGCAAGUUCUAGUACCAGCAGGAGCAAAAUUAGAA